UUGACUAAUCUGGGAAGCAGUUUGCACGGUUUGCUCUGCCUGGAUAUCUCACAGUGAAACAGGACAAACUCUACCACCGUGCUGCUUUCACACACAAACGGAGGCACAUUUUCCCGCUGCUGCAGGUUCCGGUGACGGAGGGUUGUUUUUUUUUUAAUAACAGCGAGCAGCCAUGAGCUUCUUCGGUUUUGGUCAAAGUGCGGAGAUAGAUAUAGUUCUGAAUGACGCCGAAACGAGAAAGAAAGCAGAGCAUAAAAGCGAAGACGGCAGGAAGGAUAAAUAUUUCCUCUUCUACGACGGUGAAACGGUGUCGGGAAAGGUGAACGUGACGCUCAAAUACCCGGGGAAGAGGCUGGAGCACAACGGCAUCAAGAUUGAGUUUAUCGGCCAGAUAGAGCUGUACUACGACAGAGGAAACCACCAUGAGUUUGUGUCUCUUGUGAAAGACUUGGCUCGGCCAGGAGAGCUCACACAGUCCCAGACGUUUGACUUUGAGUUCACGCAUGUGGAGAAACCCUACGAAUCUUACACUGGCCAGAAUGUCAAAUUACGCUACUUUCUGAGGGCCACAGUAAGCCGGAGACUGAAUGACAUCAGCAAAGAGCUGGACAUAGUGGUCCACACACUCAGCACCUACCCUGACAUCAACUCCUCCAUCAAGAUGGAAGUGGGGAUAGAGGACUGUCUACACAUAGAGUUUGAGUACAACAAGUCCAAGUAUCACCUAAAAGAUGUGAUAGUAGGAAAGAUUUACUUCCUGCUGGUGAGGAUUAAAAUCAAACACAUGGAGAUCGACAUCAUCAAGCGGGAGACAACCGGGACAGGUCCCAACGUCUACCACGAGAACGACACCAUGGCAAAGUAUGAAAUCAUGGACGGUGCACCAGUCAGAGGAGAGUCCAUCCCCAUCAGGCUGUUCCUAGCAGGCUACGAGAUGACACCCACCAUGAGGGACAUUAACAAGAAGUUCUCAGUGCGGUACUACCUCAACCUGGUCCUCAUAGACGAGGAGGAAAGACGCUAUUUCAAACAGCAGGAGAUCACCCUGUGGAGGAAAGGCGACAUCGUGAGGAAGAGCAUGUCUCACCAAGCAGUCAUCGCCGCCCAGCGUUUCGAGGGUUCCUCUAACCCAGAGAGGACCCAGACCGAGGAAGACGACAGCUAAAGCCUGGCAGGCACUCCACCCUCCACUUUAGUGUGUUGGAGCGAAGGCAGCGCAGACAUUUUCAGUAACUUCUGAAUGUGAAUAUCAUCUGUUUGCAUCAAGAUAGAUUGUGCUGCAGCGUUUUUCAGGGUGUGUGUGUGUGUGUGCGUAUAUGUGUGUGUGUGUGUAUAAGAGAAAGAGAGAGAGAGAAUGAGCGAGGCUUUGAAAUAUGACAGUAUGCGUGUGUGUGUCGGGAACAAACAGUCAGACCAGGCUCAACGUACUUGCAAGUAAUUCUGAGUGUUUGUUUUAACCAGCUUGAAGUACCAGCCGGGUGGAGUUUACCACAUAAAGACUGAUUAGACAGUGUUGGCUUUUGUCACAAAAUUGAAAAAAGUGCUUAACUUACAUUCGUUGGCAUUUGUUAUACAGUUAAAUGGGGCAAACUUCACCCAUUAGAUGCACUUAAAUAUCAUUUGCAAAUGCUGUUUGACCAAUAUCUUGAAUUCAUGUGUGUGUGUGUGUGUGUGUAUGAAUGUACAGUAUGUAUUUCUAACAUGAUCUUUCCUCCAAACUACUUAUCCAGCCGGAAGAUGGCGUUGUGCAGAAGGUUUAUAAAGUAACAAAUAGCUCCUACAGUAUAUUUCUGUGUCUCCUCACAGGAAGGUGACGUGAAUUGGUUUAAGAUUAAUUUGCCAUCAUGUUCUCAGCUAAGAAAUGAGUCCUCUAUUUGGUUUUAAUUUAAAAAUGCUCUACAUGAAAAAAAGGUGCAUAUUUGUUUAAGAAAAUACUUAACAUCUUUUCACACAUUCCAAGGCUUUCAUCAGAAAAAGGCACGCUUAUUUUUUAUUUUUAACAGACUGCAGUUUAAUCAGCAUUUUUUUCCUACAUGUUAGAUGCAUCAGCUGCUUGUGGUUAGGGUGUCAACUGCCACUGCUGCUAAAACAAACGUGGCACUUGUGAGUAGAGCUGAAACCAUUCAUCUAUUAGUCAGUAAUCUGUUGUCACAAUCAUUUUAAUCAGUGAAGGAUUUUUUCAAGAAUAAAAUGUUCAACUGGUUUCAUCUUUUAAAUUUUAAUAGACAAGACAAAACAGGUGGUUUGAUAGCGUCACCUUGAGCUCCAGGAAAUUGUAGUCUUCAUUUUUGCACUCUUUUUUUUUUUUGGAUACUUCACAGAUCAAAUGAUGAAUCUGUGAAAGUGAGCUUCAGUUUCAGCUCUACUCCUGAGCACUGUGAGAUGUUUUCAUUCCAGUCGGCGCUCUCUGACAGCUGGACGUCCCCCGCUCGCUUUUCUUAUUUGCACUAUGAUCUGCUUCUCGUGCUCUCGGUGCUGCUCAUGAACUGGACGCUAACACAGCAGGGUUCAGGAGCAGAGUCCCCCCACCCCACCAGGCAUCACUUCAAAUAUAGACAGUAUUACACCUGUGUGUAGUGACUAAGCCAACACAGAUUCUUGUGAGUCCUGCCUGUUAACAGUGUGUAGGCGGCUGGGCUGGGACUGGACUGACUGCACAGUUGGUUAGUUAGCUGUGUGCCUACAGGGUUUGUUGCCAAAAUAGUUUCAGUGCAAUACAAGGGAACAGCUGCUGGUGCACUGCCACGCCCCUUUCUCCCCAUAUAGACUGUGCUCAUCAGUUUUAUGAAAUAAAAAAUGGGGUUUAAAUAAUGUUCAGUUAAAAAAUAAUAUAUGAAUGUAUAAAAAAAACACAUCUCAAUUUUAGGAAACGUUUCAAAUCUGAAGGAUCCCAAACUAAAUAUAUUUUCUAAUAAUCAUGUUGAGUAGAUAAUGAAGUUCCUGUGCCAUCUUUUAAUUUAGUCUCCUGUUCUAAAGUGUAAUAUUUUCCAUGUUAAUAAUUAAAAAAAGCACACUGAGUAUAAAGUGUGAAGCACUGAAACUGAAGCCCAGCACUCAGCUUGCUGCCCUCGCAUCGCGUUGCCUGCUUCCUGCUCCACAAGCUUUCAAUCUAUCACUGUGUAUCAUAUUCUAGUUUAUAUUACAUACUUUUCUUUACAGUUACUGUCGUAUGUUUUUAGAAUGCUGUUGUUGCACUAAAGCAACUAACUGUCACCAGACUGCUGUUCAGGUAACUGCUAAAAUAUAGGAAAACAUUUAGGAUGGCUGACAUGUGUUUGAGCCAAUAAGAAGCUUUUAUUUAGAUUCAUGAAGCUUCUUGUUAAAAAAAAAGAAGAA